CUGGUUACGUUCGCUUACUCACAAAAACUGGCGUGUUAACAUGUGACGUGGUAACGACAAAAUAUGUUUACUAACAAUAACCACAAUAACGUAUGUGUGGGUGGUUUCACUAUUUAGUUUUCUGUCAGUUUUUACUUAAUUAAGCAGGUAAUUUAUCAUGGAUGGAUUAAUUAUUAUCCUCAUAAGUGCAAUUUCUUUGAUAGCAGUUUUGUUGAUUGCUACUACUUUUUUAAGAGGACGCCCUUCAAAAACGGUACUACCAGGGUCAAGAGCAGUACCAAUAAAUCGUGAAGAUGCCCAAGGACCCAGAAGGGCAGUUAGAAAUGUCCGUCACCGCAUGCGAGCUGCAGCUGCUAGGGAGCAAGAAGGUGAAGAAGAUGAAGAGGACACAUUAUUUGAUGAAAUUGCUAUGCCAGAAGGGAAGGUAGGAGCCAAAAAGAGAAAAAAACUUGAGAUGAAGGCUGAAAAGAGAGCUCAGCGAGAGAGAGAAGAGGAGGAACGAGAGGAAAGGCGCCAACGAAAUGCAAUGUUAGAAGAAGAAAGAAAGAAAGAAGAAGAAAAACAAAAAGAGGAAGAACAGAAAAGGGAAGAAGAAGAAAAAAGAGUGAGGGAAGAAAAAGAAAAACAAGAAUAUGAAGAAUAUUUAAAGAUGAAAGAGGCAUUUAGUGUUGAAGAAGAAGGAUAUGAUGAAGCUGCUGAUGAACAAGAAUCUCACAACAAAUUGCAGGAAUUUGUGGAUUAUAUAAAGACACAAAAAGUUGUAUUAUUAGAAGACCUUGCAGCAAAAUUUAAACUGAAAACACAGGAAGCUGUUGAUCGUGUACAAGAACUUCUUAGCCAAGAAAGACUGGUUGGUGUUAUUGAUGACCGGGGAAAGUUUAUUCACAUCACCAGAGAAGAAUUGGAAUCUGUUGCACAGUUUAUUCACCUUCGAGGUCGUGUAUCUAUUACUGAACUCAUGGAAAGCAGCAAUAAUCUUAUAAACCUUCAACCAGACCACACAGAAGCCAUUUUUGUACAAUGAAUGAAUGUUAUUUAACAUAAAGAAAUGGAAAAUUAUCAUGCGUGAGAUGAGCUUUUAAUAAAUUCAAACCAAAUAAAAGCUUAUGCAGUUGGGAAAAAA